GAAUGCACGUACAAGUUUUCGUUGCCUGCGGAAAACGUGCUGAAGGGACCUACAGAGAGGGAAGAAGUUCGAGCUGUAUUGGCGUCUGCGUGACGUACUGACGAUCUGGGAGUUUCAAGUUUGUAGUGAAGCUGGUUAAGUUAGAAAAUGCAGUACACGUACGCGAAUUAGGUAUGGUGUAAAAUAAAUGUGAUAAACUCAACGUGCUUGUGUAAAUAGUACUGGGAAAUUGAUUGCUAUGUUGAAUUCCAGUAAUUUGUAGCCAGAACCAUUUUAUGUUUGGACCUUUGAUGUUUGUGUAAAGUUUCAGUUGUGUGGAUGACACCAGUGCUGCGUAUAGCAGUCAGUCAAUGUGCUUUGGAGCUGUUAUUGUUAGGACAGCGAUUAUAGAGUGUGCAGUUCUAUUCGACUCACCAGAUCAAAGAAUCUGAGUUGUUGCCCGUUAUCAGGCCAUUGUUACAGGAGCAAGAAAUUAAAAAAAAAGUAAUUUAUGUGUAUAGGACGUCGUACAACAGAUCCGUCAGGAAGGACAAUGAGCAGCUCUGAGGAGGUUUCUUGGAUAUCAUGGUUUUGUGGGCUUAGAGGAAAUGAGUUCUUCUGUGAGGUUGAUGAAGACUACAUUCAGGAUAAGUUCAAUCUUACCGGAUUGAAUGAACAAGUUCCACACUAUCGUCAGGCACUUGACAUGAUUUUGGAUCUUGAACCUGAUGAUGAACUGGAGGACAAUCCAAACCAAUCUGAUCUUAUUGAGCAAGCAGCUGAAAUGUUGUACGGUCUCAUCCAUGCUAGAUACAUUCUUACAAAUCGAGGAAUAGGUCAAAUGAUAGAAAAAUACCAAUCUGGUGACUUUGGACAUUGCCCAAGAGUUUAUUGUGAAAGCCAGCCAAUGUUGCCAAUAGGUUUAUCAGACAUCCCAGGUGAAUCCAUGGUGAAGGCAUAUUGUCCAAAGUGUAUGGAUGUUUAUACACCAAAAUCUUCACGACACCACCAUACGGAUGGGGCAUAUUUUGGUACAGGUUUUCCACAGAUGUUGUUUAUGGUGCAUCCAGAAUACCGUCCAAAGCGACCAGCUAACCAGUUUGUACCUCGGCUAUAUGGAUUCAAAAUACACCCACUUGCGUACCAGAUACAACAGCAGGUAGCAACAACAUUCAAAGCACCUCCACGCCCUGUAACAUAUAACAAUGGAAAGCGCUAGACUGAAGUGCAGUAUAUCUUGUCUCUUCUGUGGACCUGUUUACUUGAGUUCUAAAUUGUUCCUCUAUUAGUUUAAAUAUCUCUGUAAUACUUUGUCUCUCUGUUAUAUGUUGUAUUAAGAAACUGGAAAAAAAAUUGUAAAGCUGUGUGUUAUUACCCCCUUCCAUGUGGAGUUUAAUGUAUCAGACUAAUUAAAAAUAGGCAGUCUUCUUGCAUUUCCCAGGUUCCUAUACCAGGAUACAGAGGAUAGGGCAAAAAAGGAAAACUUUUCAUUGCUACUUGUUCAGAUUUGUAAUGAUUCUUAUUACAUUUAGCGGCACUUCUCUUUCUAAACCUUGAUGAUGAUUACAGCAAAAUAGAACAAUAAGGAUGGAAGAAAUUUUUCCUGUGUCUUGCAGUUUGUAAAACUGUUGUCGUUAGGUUUAAAACCAGACUAAAUCCAUAUAUGUGCACAAUAUGAAAUUUUGUACUGUAAGGGAAAAAGUGUAAGGAUACUCCACAAUGUAUCCCAGAUGUUACAGUAGUUAUUUCUUUGUGUAAUGGCCCCAUUCAUAACAUCCGAAUGUUUAUUAUAGUGAUAUAGUUGUCAUUUUCAUAGUGGGCAGUGAUCUCAUGUUAGACAGUACAAAUAAAUGGUGUAGAACAACUGAGAAUUCAUGGAGAAAGGUGUUUAAAUGCAAUCUUGUUCAUAAACUGAGUAUUUUGUGUUGCACUUGUCCUUUUAUUUAGAUAUAAAAGUUGUUCUUUUAUUGUUAAAAAAUUUAUAUUAUCUGCUUGUGUUUGAAAUAUUAAGUGUUAUCUUGCAUGAAUGUUAAUGUGAUAAAAGAGAAAAACAAAUAAUUGUUUUAAUAAUUUUUUUACAAUUAACUAAGGAGGAAAACUGUUAUGGACAUUAAUACAUUCCGGUUAAUUUUUUUCGUCAUUCUAAGUUUACUAUCCUUUUCAACCCUGUCAUUUGAGUGGAAGAGAUCUCUAAUUGUGAUUAAAAACCACAUAGAAAGCUAUGAAAUGAACUAAGACAGAUAAAAUGGCCAUACUUAAUUAAACACAGAAUAUUGAUGGAAGCUGUAAGGGACAUAAAGAAGUUUUCCAUGUAACUGAAGAUAGAAUUAGUGUGUUCACAAAGUAUGAAUUUUGAUGUAAUUGUUCUCCCCUUCUGUUAUCUUGUCACUGUGUGAUUUUCAUCAGACUUCAGUAUGCUAUCUACCAGUUGUUGUUGUUGUUGUUGUUGUUGUUGUUGUUGUUGUUGCUGCUGCUGCUGCUGCUGCUGCUGCUGCUGCUAUUGUUGGUCACUUCCAAAACUAAUCUUGACUUUGUUGUAAAACAUGACAAAGGGAGUAAUGAAUCUAGUUCCCUUUAUCUUUCCUCUCUCGAUGUUAACCAACACCACUUAUCACAUUUGAAAACUGUAGCCAUAUCUGUCUUAAUAUAAUUCAUAGCUCUCAGUUUUUACUUUCAUAUUUAGAUUUUAUAAAGUGCAUGCAUAUCCAUAUCUGAAUAGUUGUAGAAUAAUAAAUGAAUAAAUGUGUACAAAAGAAAAUUAAUUGAAACUAUUUCUCCUUCUACUACCGCUACCCCCCUCUCUCUCUCUCUCUCUCUCUCUCUCUCUCUCUCUCUCUCUCUCUCUCUCACGUGUGUGUGGUGUGCGGUAUUGUGAUAUUUGUCAAAAAAUAGUACAACCAAAAGUGUUUACUCUUGUAGAAUUUCAGGCGAAGUGUUGCCUUUUAUCUGACUUACUCUAUAAACAAUUAUGUGAUGGCACUCUUUUAUUCCUUUUAAAACAUGGAUAAUGUUUCCAAAACAACUGUAAAUGUUGAACUUGGGUGUCUUUUGUGUGACUGUUGUAAAUGAAGAUAAGCCAUUCAGAAUUUUCAAAAACUGUCUUGAUGUGAGUUUUAAGUAUCUAUAUGUUGUUGAAAUGAAUAAAAAAUAGAGUUAAGACUCUAAUAAAAUGUUCAAAAAUCA